CGGCGGUCAAAUCCCCGCUCUGGCGAACACUGUUCACAUUAGCUCAAUGCUAACUAGCGAAUAUGAGAAACUGGGCUGCUUUUGAGACGCCAGUGAAGAGAAAUGUUCCUCUGCGCUUCUUCCACAACAAAACCCAGAAAUUUACACGCUUAAAUCUUUGAACCCGUCUUUGUGUAAAUCGAGGAGCUGGCAGCUAAUUUCCUUAAACAGAACUAAGCCGCUCCGCUAGCUAACAGGCUAAAAGAUAGCAAACAUGCUAAACUCCACUAUUAACAUCACAGGCUUGAAUUAAAGUAGUUAGGUUGUGAUUUUACUGUAAAAACGGCCGUAUAAAAAUCUAAAGAAUGUCACUUGAACCAUUUACACGCUUCAAAUAUCCGCGUUUUAGUCAGAUCUGCCUUAAAUAACGUCAAGUCCAGGCCGAAUCCCAAACGCCUCUGUGCUCCCUAAGUAGUACACUAGGGAAGUUUUGAGUAUUAUGCGCUGCUGGGCUGAAGGAGCCAGUGUUUAGAUUCCUGAGUAGGAAAAUCAGUCAAUCGUUUGAGUCGGUUUGCAGUGCGGACGUGAGAAUGGACGCCAAACCCGAACCCGGACCUGAACCCGAACCAGGAACGUCUUCCAGCUUUCUGACUCCACUGACUAAAGACUCCAAGUUCCUCAGAUUCUUCAAGAAGACGGCUGAGGAGCUGGUCAGAUGGAUUGGGUCUGAAUGUCAUCCUCGAUUCCCUGUGUGCUUCCUUUACGAGCAUCUGGUGGAUCGUUUGAUGGAACAAGUUAAGAUGCUGGCCUGGAUAGACAUUACCUUUGAGGCAUCUGAUGCGCGGCUCUUCCCUGAUGAGGUCGAUGCCGUGUCUUAUAUUUUCAGCGAAGUGCAUGAAGACCUCUUGAACAAGCCCUGGAGAAUGGAAGUAUCUUGUUUCAACGAGGGAUUCCUCUGUUACCUCACCUACGCUGUCAUGGACGCUUUCAUUAAUUACACAUUGUCCUGCUGUACAGCAGCAAGUACGUCCUCAGACAGUGACCUUGAUGAAGGAUCACAGGGGGAGCCUGAGAUGCAGGAGGUCUGUAGCACCGUCCUCGGUCAGCAGAGUCCAUCAGAGUGCGAGGAACUGAUCCGAGAACUUGGUGGAUCUUCCGAUUCGGCUGACCUGAGUCAUGACGAGUGCUCUGAGACCCUCACCGGCUUCCAAACUUACAGGGACUCAGAGGUGGAGAAUCCUGAAGGCCUGGAGGUUCCUGCCUGCGCUAACGGUACUACAGGUUCCAACACAACCGGAACAAAGUGGAAGAAGCUCCGUUCUCGUAUCUCCAGCUUCGUGAGACGAGUCUUCCUCUUCGGAUGCGUCCCAUGUAGGCGCGUGGUACCACGCUGAAAUUUUUUAAUUUUGACCAAUUAAAGCAUGAACAGCAUUCUUUUU